UGACGCAAGACUCCAGCAGGUGGCGCCCGCGUGAAGUAGAGAGCGGAACAGGAAGGCGUGCGAGAAGGAGGCUUGGGAUGCAGAGCUGUGGGAGGUCAGCACUAAGGCAAGGGUGUGCGGGAUUUUGGCUGUCCCCGAUCAGUGAGGUUAUGAAAUGACUGGAAUCAGACUGUCCAUCAGAGCCUUCAAUAACUUGCUCUUUUAUUCAAGCUUUUAUCAGAGCUCGAGUUCACUGACAUACAGUACUGCUUGGUGCAUCAGAUGUAGGACGCAGUGUAGACACCUGUCAAACAGUUUGGACUACAGACAGCCAGUCACUGGUUUGCUUCACAGAAACUCCAAUGGGCUGUUUACUACCUCUACUAUGAAACCAUUUCUAUAUGCUGUGAGACAUAAAGGUAAGAAAAAUCAAAAGCAGAACAAGACGCAUUCAUCUCAAGAAGAAGAUGAUGAUGAUGAAGAACAGGAGGUGGAUCCAAAAGACAUCAGUGACUAUGAAGAUGACCCCAUCGUACCUAAGGACUAUAAAGAUGUAGAAAAAGCCGUGCAGUCAUUCCGUUUUGAUGUUGUACUCACUGCAGGAUUAGACAUGUCACGGAAUAAAAUCGAGGAAGCAUUUUAUGAUGGCAAAUUACGUCUUAAUGGAGAAAAGCUAUGGAAGAAAAGCAGAGCGGUGAAAGUUGGAGACGUGUUGGACUUAAUUAUCGAAGAAAACCGGGAUACAGGGACUGUUACUGUGAUGAGAACUAUGCUGAAAGAUGUGCUAAAGGAUAGAACGUCAACAGAUAAAUUUAAAGUUCUGCUAAGACGAUGGAAAAAGCUGACUGUCCCAAAGGUUUCCGAGGCUCCAAAAACAGCUGGCAUGCACAUAACUGAUUCAAAUGUGUGACAACUAUUUUCUAAAGAACAAAUUCUACAGAGACAAUAAAAUGCCAUAUUUUCGGACUAGAAGACUCGCUUAUUAGACAAACCCUCCCCCUACUGCCUCCUUCAAGCAUUAGUGUCAAUAUAAACUUUUGACAUGCCAAACAUUUAGCUCAGGCUGGGUCUAAGUCUUAAGACCCUUUGUGAUCAUGAGUAAUGGUGUCUAAAGGGCACAUUUGGUCCAACUCAUUUAUCUAUAUAUUAAUUCAAUUAAGUCUGAGUCAGACUUGACUGACAGCUGUGGAAUAAAUUGCGCUCUGUUGCACCCUUCAGAUUACUAUUACCCAUGAUCACAGUGGGUCUCUGGAAUGAGACCCACUACGAUCUAAACCUUUUGACUUGUCAAAAGUUUAUAUUAAUUACACUAAUGCUUUAAGGCUAUGUUCAGACAAAACUUUUGUUUAGCGUUCUUUUGGCAUGAAAACAAUGCCACAAAAACUACCCUUGGGCACUUAUUUUUUGUGUGUAUUAGUAUAGGAGUGUUUAUUUGGCGUUGUUUUCAUUACAAGUCAGUGAUCCUUUCAUCAGGUAAUUCAAGGCCUUCUAUUGAAGAAUUGGGAGAAAAUGGCAACCUACCUGAUGUUUAUUUCCCCCCCUUUAGAAGUCUUUGGAAGAAAAAGGGCACAAUUUCAUAACAAAAACUCCAUGGGGGAGAUUUCUCUAAAUCUGUGCAAAGGAAAAGUUGUCCAGUUGCCCAUAGCAACCAAUCAGAUCGCUUCUUUCAUUUUGCAGAGGCCUUGUUAAAAAUGAAAGAAGCAAUCUGAUUGGUUGCUAUGGGCAAUUGGGCAACGUUUCCUCUGGACAGGUUUUGAUAAAUCUCCCCCCAUAUCCAGAGGAUACUGUGAUUUGGAAAAACUGCUACUGAGCCUAAAAAUUCCACUAAAGAGUAUAAAAACACCCCCCAUAAGUGCCAUGUAGAUAUGUUUUAUAUUUCCCUAUCGACUCCCAGCCAUCUGACUGCCGCCCAAAAAACAAAAAAUGAAUGUCCCAGGAAACCACUUAAAAAUGAAUAAUAGCAAUAAGAGCCACUGAGAGAACUGUAUGACUGAUAAUAGCGGCACAAUACUCCUCCCUCACCACUGAUCUGUAUGAUGAGUCCAGGGCAGCUAGAGAAGCUGAAUGCAAUGUGAACAUUAGGGGAGAUUUAUCAAAAACUGCAGAGUCCUGUGGAAAAUGAAAGAAGCGAUCUGAUUGGUUGCUAUGGGCAACUGCUCCACUCUUCCUCUGCACAGGUUUUGAUAAAUCUCCCCCAUUGUGUGCAGGUUUCUAUCAUGUGGGAUACACAGACCAAACACUGACAGGCAGCAGAGAGGUGACGUGUCAUAUACCCUGGAGGUAUGUGUAUGUGCAGAGGCUUAUAGUUAAUAAUCUAUGGCCCAGAUUAAUCAAUCUGCCUGAAACCUAAACUGUCUGGAUUUUCCCACAGCAACCAAUCACAGCUCAUUUUUAUAUCUUAAGCUCUGGUAAAAUAAAAGCUGAGCUCUGAUUGGUUGCUGUGGGAAAAUCCAGACCGUUUAGGUGUCAGGUAGAUUGGUAAAUCUGGGCCUAUGUGUAAGGUUUCUGCAGCAGAACUAGGGGGGAGAAUUGUCAAAACCUGUGCAGAGGCUGAUUUAAUAGGCUGCUCCACUCUUCCUCUACACAGGUUUUGAUAAAUUCCCCCGUGUGGGGCUGAGUGUUUGUGUAUAAGGUGUGUUCUGCAGAGCUGUGUGUUUGGGUGUAAUGUGCCACAGUGAGUUGUAGUUGUACAAUUCUCCUUUUCCCAUACCCUGUACUGAACUGUAAGAUUAGCACUGAGGAGCAGGAGAACCUGGCAGGUCACAGAGCUUAACUGAAAGGUGGACAUAUUCUUUAAGGUGCAAACAGACCUAUAUACUUACUGCCACUUUAUUAGGUACACCUUGCUAGUACCAUGUUGGAUCCCCUUCUGCCUUCAUUCUGCGUGACAUACUUUCUACAAGGUGGUGGAGACAUCAUAUGGACAUGAUGGCAUCACACAGUUGCUGCAGAUUUGUUGGCUGCACAUUCAUAAAGUGAAUCUCCCCUUCUGCCAAAUCCCAUACCCAAAAUUUGGUGACUGUGGAGGCCAUUGGAGCUCAGUGAAUUUGUCAUGUAUGAGAUAAUGUGCGCUUUGUGACGUGGUGCAUUAUCCUAGAAGUAGCCAUCAGAAGAAUGCUCAUGUAGACUGUUGUGUUUAAACAAUGCUCAAUUGGUACUAAAGGGCCCAAAGUGUGCAAAGAAAAUGUCCCCCACACCAUUACACCACCAUCAUCCUGAACUAUUGAUACAAGGCAGAAUGGAUCCACUUUCAUAUUGUUUAUACCAAAUUCUGGCCAUGCCAUCUGAAUGUCAUAGCUGGAAUUGAGACUCAUUAGACUAAGCAACAUUCUUUCAAUCUUCUAUUGUUCAUUUUUGUGAGUCUGUGUUAAUUGUAGCCUCAGUUUCCUGUUCAUAGCUGACAGGAGUGGCACCCGCUGUGGUCUUCUGCUGCUGUAGCCCAUCUGCUUCAAGGUUUGACAUAUUGCAUGCAUUCCGGCAUGCUAUUCUGCAUACCUUGGUUAUAACUAGAGAUGAGCGAACUUAAAGUAAAUUCGAUUUGUCACAAAC